CUGCGUAGAACCAAGUCUUUCUCACUCCAUAGCCCUGUACCUUUGCUUUACAGACUUGGUGUCGUCAACACGCUCGGUGCGCUGGAUCCUCGCGAGCCCUCUCGAACGAGAGGCCAGCAAUUUCUAGCACUUGGCACGCCACAGCCGACAAGCCAUAGCACAUUGACACAUUUGCGCGGACCGGACAAACAUCCCGCCGCUGCGCACUUCAAGUUUCCACAAACACAUGUUCUCAUGAGCAUACGCAGCUACGUCUGCACAGCUCUCAAUGAGCAGCAGUUUCCCUAUAAACUACACUUUGAUUAUCAGGGGCUGCAUCGGCACGCCAACAUUUGUGAAGACUCAUCCAUAGUCACCUGGCAGACAUUCACUGCCAGCUCAAUGGCCAUGUUGAGAUCCUUCUGAGCUUGGGAGGUAGUUCCCG